AUCGUCACCAUCACCAUGCCUCGAGGAUUCUUGGUGAAGAGGAACCGGCGAUGUUCGGCGUCAUACCGGCCACGAAACAGCAGUAACCCGGUGACAGUUUACGGUGACAGGGACAGCAGCGCCGAGGGGACACAACCGGAGGCUGUGAAGGACAGCGAGGUGUUGAAUGUGUCCCCGUUUGACGGACUGCUCCCGGUGUCCCGUGAGGACUCCGCCGGUGUCAGAGAGGCUUGGAGCCCGCACGUGGAGUCCGCGCUGGAGGCGGAGGCGGACCGUCGCGCGCAGUUACCGGAGACCGAGGAGCAGGUGAGCGAAGUGGACGUUUUGACUCCCGACAGUGAUUUCUCCUGCUUCUUUCCGCCUCCUCCUCCUUUGCCCCCACGCGACUUGACGCUAACAGAGUCUUGCAGCCCGGUUAAACCGGUCGGCACGAGACUCCUGGAGCACCACGAGGAAGGAGAUAAGCAGCUGUUGUUCCCCGGCAAGUGCCUGACAUCACCCCCCGUGGCGGAGUUACCGGCGCUGCCGUACCUCGUGAGCUCCACGCCGACCUCGGUGUCCGCCUCUAUCGAGAGGCUCCUUGCGAGCAGCAGCCGCCACGCGACACCGUACGGACACGGCGGCGACAAAUACGAGCCCAGCAUGGGCCACGUGCACCUGUUCCCUCCGCUGACACACCUGAUGAACCAGGAGCAGCAUCACUCCGCGAGGAAACGCUCGUUCCUGGAGCACGAGCAGCGUUUAAACGGCAGCAAACACAACAAACAGCCCGCGAGCAGCAACCCGCCGAAAAAACCCAAAGUGAACCGAAAGCUGAACUUCGAGGAUGAGGUCACGACCUCUCCGGUUCUGGGUCUGCGGAUCAAAAAGGAGAGUCCCGAGCUGCGGAGGGAGCGCGAGAAGUCGUCCGGUAACCAGCCGCUGGGAGAGUUCAUCUGCCAGCUCUGCAAGGAGGAGUACCCAGACCCCUUCUCCCUCGCGCAGCACAAGUGCUCCCGCAUAGUGCGCGUGGAGUACCGGUGCCCCGAGUGCGACAAAGUCUUCAGCUGUCCCGCCAACCUGGCGUCCCACCGCCGCUGGCACAAACCGCGUCCAGUGAACAACCAGCUGGGAGACACUCAGACGGGCAAGAGCCAGCCGCUCAAAGAGGCGCGGGGGCUCCUUCAGCACGAGAGGCAGCCGGUGAUGGAGAUGGAGGGAAAGGAAAACGAGCUGCUGCGCGUGAACUCUAAUCAGCACCACGGGGCGCUGGACAGCUCCCGAGUCAGACGCGAGUCGUCCCUGCUGCUGCUCCACGCGCGGACCCGGGACAGCGCUGACAGCGACAGCCUCGCGCCUCCUCACUAUGACUCCCCGCUCCACUACCGGAGCCCGGUAACGGAGAGCUGUCUGGACCUGCAGCAGCAGGUGCGAGCGGCGGACAGUCCGCCCUCAAGCCUCCUUCUGCUGAACGGAAACCCGGACGAGCAGCAGCAGCGCCCGUCGCUCCCGCACCCUCCGUUACCGUUCGUCCAGUCCCUACCGGAGGAGGAGGUGUACGAGUGUCGGUACUGUGGGAAGAAAUUCCGCAGACAGGCGUACCUGAAGAAACACCUGGCUGCCCACGAGAUGACAACGCGAGCUUCUCCGCCUCCAUCAUCUUACGGGCGCGAGGCCAGUGGCGGCGGCCAGAGCCAGGUGUUUCUGUGUCACCUGUGCGGCGCGCGCUUCCCGUCGGUUGAAAUCAGGGACAAGCACCGUCUGUGGCACGCCAUGAGGGACGAACUACUGGCGGGAACUUUGGGAGGUGGAGGAGGACUCAGACCGGACGUGUUCCACGCGCAGGGAGCAGACGAGAGCGGCACCGGGGAGAACGAGCAGCAGCAGCAGCAGAUCUUCACCUGCAAGCACUGUCCGUCCACUUUCUUCAGCUCGCCGGGGCUCGCGAGGCACAUCAACAAAUCUCACCCAACCGAGCACCGGCAGCAGGUGAUGCUGCUGCAGAUGACCGUGAGACCGUAACACAGACACUCAAACAAACAAACAAACUGGCUGUUUGUUGUUUUGAUUAACUUUGAAGUUUAUUUCAGUGAUGGUUCUGUUGUAAAUUGGGAAUUUGGGUUUGUUUUUCACUGUGUGUUACAGUCACUGUGCCUUUUGUUUAAAGGUCAGUAAGCAUCUUGACUUUUUUCACAAAGGUCCAUCUGAGGAUUAUACAGAAUAACAGAAUGAUGUACUGAAACUAUCAAUGGUCACGAAGUCAAAAGCAAGUAUUAACAAACUUUUUUUGUGACAGUAAAAGAACUGUCCAUGGUACUGAAACUAAAUGAACAACCUACAGAAAGAGCUAAAAUAGUGUUAUGAUAGGAAUUUUAAAUGGGAAGUAAAUUAAAAUAACCCACAGUAAAACAUUUUUUGUUACAGUAACACAAUCAUAAGUGAGACAUUGUUUCUAUAUUUCUAUUCUCAUAUAUAUAGAGAAUAUUUUUCCUUAUAAGUUCUGGCUGCCAUCUCCUCAUAUUUCAGGCUACAAUCUCUAAAUUAUUUAACAUUUUAUCUCAGCAAUUCAACUUUAAGACUAAGAGAACGGGACGGACAGAAAGGGCAUUUUAAUUAUGACUUAUUAUAACAAAGAGGUUGGUAAUUUUACACUAGAAGCAAAGAUUGGCACAUGCCUCUCUACAUGUAGCAGACAUUUAAACUCAUGGUCAACAUACUUCUGUGGCAAAGUAAUCGGAUUAUCUUGUAGCUCAGGAGGAGCUGAGUGUGUUACAUUACUACUGACCUGUAAUCCCAUUUAGAAAGGGACCUUUCUUACCCCCCUCCCCCCAAGAACUGGAGACAGAAUCAAUGUCCUAACUCUAUUUCAUGUACAGUGAAAAAUAAAAAAUAAUCAGAUAGACCAUAAUAUGCCUUUUAUAUAGUAAAUGUGCCAGUUAGCUUCUCUAUAGCUAAAAAAUAUUUUCAUACAGAAAUGGAACAUUUAAUGUUAGUACAGCUCGUUACAAAAUAAAAGUCUUUCGUCUUUAUUGAUUAUAUAUAACUGUUGAAAUAUUUGCCUUCAUGAUGCUCAAAUGUAAUUGUGGUUCUAUGAAGCCUAUACAGUACUAUUUUGAUAUGUUUGAAUGUGAAAUUUAUUCUAAAUUAUUGUCAAUAAAUGUUAAGACAGGAUGUUCAAUGAAGAGUCCUGCCAUGUUUAUACACACACACA